AUGGAGGAAGCCACCGAAUCGGAGAAAACUCUCCACCGAAAUUCUGCCGUAAUUCUGUCUUUCUAUUCGAUAAUGUUCGACGUCCCUACCCUGUCUUCGCCAUCAUUUGGACAAGGAAGGAAUGAAAACAGGUUUCAGUUCGAGGAUUACAUCCCACCUUUUCAAUCCAUGAGUCAAGCUGCCAACAACGACAAUCAGUUUCCAGGGACGGAUAUUUUCUCUUCUGCAAUGGAGAUGAGCAAUGAUGAGAAAAUGAUGGCAGCAAUGGAGAUAAUGUCUAGCAUUCAAGUGCACAGGGUGGACCAAAAAGAAUAUAUGAUGAGGUACGGUUACGUUUCUCCAAAUGAAACCAUGGUAUCCUUGAUGACAGACGCAGACACGACCAUGAAGGGAUUAAAUUCACUUUUGGACAUGGCCAACAUAACCGAUACUGAGGGCAAAAUCCGUGGUAUUCUGAAACCUGAUCCUUUUCGCGUCAACUUCACAGGAAAAGCGAAUAAUGCCUUGAUGGAUUUCAUACGCGGACGGAGAUGUGGAAUGAGGGAUUUUCCUGGCGUCGACGAGGUUCCAGCGACAUCUACAGAAACGAGGAGGAAGAAACGAUAUGCUCUACAAGGGUCAAGAUGGCGUCGGCCAAACUUGACUUAUCGCAUUAACCAGUAUAGCAGAGGGAAAAAUGGCGUCCAAUUGCCGGCUCAAGAAAUUGACAGAAUCAUGGCGGCUGCUUUCCAGACGUGGGAAAAUGUGACUAACCUCAGAUUCACCAGGGCGUCACGUGGAAUGUCUGUUGAUAUUGACAUCGAUUUUGCAAAACAAGAACACGGAGAUGGGAGUCCGUUCGAUGGCAGAGGACAAGUAAUAGCACAUGCCUACUACCCUAGUUAUGGAGGAGACUCACACUUUGAUGACGAGGAACUCUGGACCAGCAAUGAAAACGCAGGAACGAAUUUACUUCAAGUUGCUGUGCAUGAGUUUGGACAUGCCCUAGGGCUGGAACACUCAAAUGUGAUGAGUGCUAUAAUGUUCCCAAGGUACCAAGGAUACAUCCCCAAUUUCAAGCUUGACCCUGAUGAUGUUAUUGGCAUUCAGGUAAGGGACUUGGUUUGGUCACUUGGGGAACGUGGGGUUGAAAAUGGGUACCCAAUGCUGGCCAAUGAGCUUUGGCCGAGGGUUCCUUCAAAUAUGGAUGCAGCAGUUUACAUUCCUUUUGGCGAUUUCGUGCUGUUUUUCAAGAAUGAUCAAUACUGGAGGUACAAUUUGAUAAAUGGCCGGUUCGUAAUCUCUGCUGGUUUUCCAAGAAACAUAAAUUCCUUUUUCCGGGGAAUACCUGCGAAUCUGGAUGCGGUUUUCAUGAGAAGGCGGUCAGGAACUUUGUACUUCUUCAAAGAUGCAAAUUACUGGACAUUCAGCCUCACCAGGGGUCGAACCAGCGCUCCAAUGUCUAUUGCUCGACCGUUUCGUGGAGGACCCACAUCCAAAAUUGCUGCAAUAAUCACAUGGAGAAAUGGGGUCACUUACGUUUUCCAAGGAGAUCAGUACUGGAGGUACAACGACAUGCAAGGCAGGAUUGUGACAGAAGCGAAUGGAAUGCGGUAUCCAGCUUCAACGUCUCAGCACUGGUUCGGUUGUAACAGCAAUACUGCUUCAAAACCCAACCUGAGAAUGGCGGACGAAGCAAGGAAUGGAGUCGAGAUGGAAUUCAAGAAUGAGCCAGUUGCUGCAGAAAUUGGC